CGUGCUUUGCCCACACUCCGCCAUUUGAAACCGAACGUUUACGUUGUCUUGAGCGUGUGCGACGGGAAGUUUUAGAGAAAAGCCGCAAAUUGGUUAAUAUUUUUGUUACAUUAGUUAAGUGUUACUAAAUUGAAAAAUUGUAAACAUGGCUGACGAAAAAAAGGCCGCAGAGACCGAACACAUUAACCUUAAAGUACUAGGGCAGGACAAUGCCGUUGUGCAAUUUAAGAUUAAAAAGCAUACACCACUACGCAAACUGAUGAAUGCAUAUUGCGAUAGAGCCGGUUUGUCAAUGCAGGUAGUACGCUUCCGUUUCGAUGGACAACCUAUUAAUGAAAAUGAUACCCCAACCUCAUUGGAGAUGGAAGAGGGAGACACCAUUGAGGUCUACCAACAACAGACUGGGGGUUUCUAAAAUGCAAAUAUUUAAAAACUAAUCAUAAAUAUUAUAAUAAAUAUAUGGAAUUAAAACACUUACCCCUUUU